AUUGCCACUAAAUCACUAUAAUGGCACAGUACCGUAAACCUAGCAUUGUACUAUUACUCUACACUACUAUACUAUGGAUAUCCCAGGUGACCUAUGAUGUCACCGCAGUUGAGAAUACCGCUGUUCAGGAUACAGUAUCUGGUAGUCCAGGGUCACAUGAACAGAUUGCUUCCAGUGACCUAGACAGGGCAGAUGACCACAUUCAGGAUACUACAUCAAGCACUGGUGACUCCCAAGGGUUCUACCAAAGAUACAAGCAGUUUGUGGCCAAGCAUAACAAGACAUUGACUAUUGUCUUUGGGGUACUGUUUGUCAUUAGUUUGUUAGUGGCCAUAGGAUUAUAUGCUGGCUACAAUCAGGAGAAGUAUCUACCAAUACCCAUACUACUGGGUAUUGUCGUGUUCGGGAUUAUACUGUACAAGUUAUAUGGACAGAAGAUACUGGCCUUCUUUAGAGGCAAGAAGGCACCUGUAGUGAACAGUACUGUCGACACAACAGCCUGACUAUGAAUGCUACUACUAUU